AUUUAGACACCAGCGUAAUAUGCAUGAAGCACUUUACGGAUAAGGAUUACAUGAGAACUGCUAGUCGACCAUCGCUUCGCCGCGACGCCAUGCCAACCAUUUUUGAGUGGAAAAUAGAUCCUGCUCCGGUGUGUGAGUCACAAAAUGACAGCGUUGAGGAGAUCAUUGAGCUACAAAAUUGCGAAGUUGGUUUAAAUGAAGGCGAUAAAGUAUAUCGGCCCAGGGACGGUACUCUUGAUGCUUCGACGUCACCUAUCCGUAACUGUGUUUACUAUGAUAGUGAUCUUCAGGAAGUGGAAGUGUUGAAAGUGGAAGUUGAGACAUUCAAGCGCGAAAAUGCACACCUCAAAAAGGAAACCGAAAAGCAGUGCACCGAGCUCGCUACAUUGAAGCGGGAGUCCGACCUGCAAUUGAAGAGACACGCAUGGAAAAUGGAGUCACUGCAAAAACGUUUGGAUGAAAUGGCUGCCCAAAUGAAAAAUGUGGAAGAUGCACUAGCUUCCAUCUUCACCAAAGGGCAGAUAGCGAAGCUGAAGUCUGGGUCGAAGCGACGAAAAUGGGCGGAAGAGGAUAUUGCGAAGUCAAUAUCGUUGUAUGCUGCCAGUCCUAAAGCAUACAGGUUGCUAUAUAAGCGUACAUGAUCACCCUGACCAACAGGAAUUCAAGUACCGUCUGCGACUAUACCUGCUAGGACACAACAAGGGCGUA